AUGGCUGCCCUGCGAAGUGGUUUACUUCCCUGUCAUUCUUUCAAUGAUCACUCUCAAAAUUUCAACAUCUGCCGGACACCCAACUUCAAAUUUCGAGCUUCAACGUCUACAUUUUGUGGAAGGAAAGGUGGAGCAAUAUCAGUUGGUAAAACUCCAAAAGCCCAUGUUUCUUCAAUCACCCAAAACGCAGUUCGAACAACUGUUAAGUACGAUGUUCAAAUUGAGGUCGAUCACCUUCUUUCUCUCUAUCUUUAUCUGUUCAACGGUAAUUCUUUCUCUGAUUGUAGACAAAUCCAUGCUCAAUUUGUGAAAUUGAAUGCUCUUAGAAUGAAUAAUUUGAUUGGGAACAAGCUGGCGAUAAUGUAUAUAAGGAAUAAUGCUUUUUUAGAAUGCGGCCGAAAGCUGUUUGACGAAAUGCCGGAGAAAACGCUUCCUUCCUAUGCGGCAGUGAUUGGUUCAUACUGUCGAUCGGGGCAAUGGGAAGAUCUUUUCUCCGUGUUCAGUUCAAUGGUUGAUGUGGGUUUGCUACCUGAUGAAUAUAUGAUACCCACAAUUCUAAAGGCAUGUUCAGCAAUGCAGAUGAUAAGGAGUGGCAAAAUGAUUCAUGGGUAUGUGAUAAGGAAGGGACUGAACUCCGAUGUAUUUAUUGGGAAUGCGUUUAUUGACUUGUAUGCGAACUGCAGGAAUUUGGGAUAUUCAACCAGUGUUUUUGAUACAAUGACAGAAAAAGAUGUUGUUUCAUGGACUGCCCUUGCUUCAGCUUACAUGGAUGAUGGCCUUUAUGAUGAGGCUAUGUCACUUUUUCAGUCAAUGGAAGUGAAUGGAGUGAAACCUGAUGUAAUAACUUGGAAUACAAUGAUAUCGAGGUUCGCUCGGAAUGGAGAGAUUGGUUUGGCUCUCCAGUACUUUGAGGAGAUGCAAAAGAAAGGACAUCGACCAACAAUCAAUUCUUGGAAUGGUAUUAUCUCAGGUUUUGUUCAAAGUGGAUAUUUUGAUGAAGGUUUAAAUGUAUUCAAAAGGAUGUUAGAGUUUCCAGAAUAUCCGGAUUUUGUUACAACUAUAAGCCUUCUACCAGCUUGUGCAGGACUAAGAUAUUUCAAUUUGGGCAGGGCAUUUCAUGGAUAUGCUCUUAAACGUCAGUUUAGCGACAACAGUCAUCUGGAAGCAUUGUUAAUUGAGAUGUAUUCAAAAUGUGGGAGGAAUAGCUAUGCAGAGAACGUGUUUUUAAGAGCCAAGAACAAAAACACUGAAAUAGGGAAUGCGGUAAUUGCGGCUUAUCUGAAUGGAGGAGGAGGAAACAAGGAAAAGGCAUUAAGGCUUCUUAAGAUGAUGGGAAACGACAACUUUAAACCUGAUGUGGUCAUCUUUAAUAACAUUAUUGCCCAAUAUGCAGGAGAAGGGCAAAUUAGUGCAGCGUAUGACUUACUGUCAGAAAUGAAUCAGAUGGGGGUAAGCCCAGAUGUUGUUACUUUUAAUGUUUUGAUUUCGGGUUUUCAACAAUCUGGACUUGCUUAUGAAGCUCUAAAAUUGUUUAGAAUCGUGCUUUCUCCUUCUAGUAGCUGUUUAGGUGACGUUGGGCAUGUGUUGGUCCAACCAAACUCUAUUACUUUUACUGGUGCUCUUGCUGCUUGUGCUGAUCUUAAACUUCAGCGUCAAGGGAAGGAACUCCAUGGAUACUUACUGAAAAAAGCUUUCGAGCGCAACAAUUACAUCUCAACUGGAUUGGUUGACAUGUACGCGAAAUGUCAUGAUAUCAAUGCAGCAACUAAAGUAUUCAAGAGAAUCGAGGAUAAAACUAUUGCUUCUUGGAAUGCUUUGAUAGCAGGUCAUGUUUAUAAUAUGCAGCUGGAAGUGGCUUUUGAACUUUUUCAUGAAAUGCUGGUGGAAGGCAUUCGACCGUGUUUAAUUACGUUUAAGGUACUUCUUCCUGCCUGUGGUGAUUUGCGAGCAUUGACAAUGGGAAAAGAGCUGCAUGGCUAUAUCAUCAAGAGUCAAUUUGAUGAUCUCCUUGCAAAUGCUUUGGCCGAUAUGUAUGCCAAGUGUUGUAGCAAUAAGAAGCCAAAUUGA